UUAAAAAAAACACUGAGCCGACUUAUAAAUGCAAAGGCAUCUUUCAAAGAGCACACUUCUGAGAUGGCAACAUCACUUCUAGGGGAAGAACCACGGUUAGGCUCGACUCCUCUGGCCAUGCUGGCGGCAACUUGUAACAAGAUUGGGAGCCCGAGUCCCUCGGCGGCCAUGUCGGAUAGUAGCUCGUCUUUCUCGAAAGGAUUUCAUCCCUGGAAACGGGCGAGCCCGAGCAGCUGCAGCCUCGGCUCGAGCCUCACCUCGUUCGGCGUGUCUGGAGCGGCGCGGGGAGGCACUGGACUGGCGGACUCCUUCGGAGUAAACGGCUCACCGGGCUCCAGCGCUUUCUCACUGACAACCAACUCAUCUAGCAGCCCGUUCGGAAACGACUACUCUGUUUUUCAAACUUCCGUGGCGAACAAUUCUCAAGAGCCCAGUCCGCAGCCCGUCUUUAUCUCCAAGGUACACACGUCAGUUGACAGCUUGCAAGGCAUCUAUCCGAGGAUGAGUGUUGCACAUCCUUACGAGACGUGGUUUAAGUCGCCUCACCCGGGCAUCUCUGCCGGGGACGUGGGAACAGGUGGCACCUCUGGCUGGACAUGGGACAUGGGGCCGAGCUGGUUUGACUCGGUGCAGGGCACCAACGGCGCUGCGCUUCAGUCGUCACUGCACUCUCCCCUGGGGGGCUACAACUCCGACUACACCACGCUGAGCCACUCCGCCUUCAGUGCCAGCCCGUCGCCCCAUCUUCUCGCCGGCGGGCAGCACCUGAUGGACCAAUUCAAACCAGUGCUACCGGCCACCUACCCAGACACAAGUCCCACUUCAAUAACAGGUGCCAACGGCGCCGUCUUGUCAGGUCCCCCGUCGGUCUCUCUUGCGGGCUCCCCGAGAUCCUCUGCCCGGCGGUACUCAGGAAGAGCAACUUGCGACUGCCCGAACUGUCAGGAAGCGGAGAGGUUGGGACCGGCGGGGGCAAGUUUGCGUCGUAAGGGACUGCACAGCUGCCACAUCCCGGGCUGUGGUAAAGUGUACGGGAAGACGUCUCACCUCAAGGCCCACUUGCGGUGGCACACGGGCGAGAGACCGUUUGUCUGCAACUGGCUGUUUUGUGGGAAAAGGUUCACGAGAUCAGACGAGCUACAGCGACACCUGCGCACACACACUGGCGAGAAAAGGUUCGCCUGCCCGGUGUGCAACAAGCGCUUUAUGCGCAGCGACCAUCUCAGUAAACACGUGAAAACCCACAGCGCUGGGGGACCGGGAGAACCAGGGUCCGAGGGUGGGUGCAAAAAGGGCAGUGACACCGACAGUGAGCAGAGUAUUCCGGGUAGUCCAUCGUGCCACUCUCCUGACCUCAUCCAUUCCAAUGACUCGAUUUCGUCGGCGAGAUUGAACGGCCACAAUGCAAUCAACUAGAGUUCCACACAAACUCUCCAAUAUAUACACUGAAAUGUUGCACAUGCACUGAGAGAGAGAGAGAGAGAGAGAGAGAGAGAGAGAGAGAGAGAGAGAGAGAGAGAGAGAGAGAGAGAGAGAGAGAGAGAGAGAGAGAAGGAAAAAACUCUUGUGAAAGUUGACAAAUAAUUGGAUUUUUGAGGACUCGCUCUCUGUUUUGAGAACGCAUUUUUGUUUAAAAAAAAUAUAGGCCUUCUUGGUCUUUUCAGGCGUUCUCCAAAGUAAUUUUCAACAAAAUGCAAGCAUGGGUUUGUUUAGAUGAACUAUGAAUUCUGCAACACUAAAAGCAGCGCUCUCGUGUGACUUCAGGAAGAAUCAGCGAAGAAAAACUUCCAAUCUAUGAGAAGAUGCUGAGAUGUUUACACUACACAUAUUUUGGGUGUCUUGACAAUUUCAUAUUUUUAACCUCUGAUCAUUUUUUUUGUUCAGUAGCCUACAAUACUGCAGCACUUUACUUUCACUCUAAGUAAACUUUUCUACCCCCCAUCAGAGCAAAGUUGAAAAAAAUAUUUCCUUUGGUCAAAUUGAUUCUGUCUUAAGUUGUGGAACGAACUAAUGUUUUACAGUACAACUGACUAAUAUUUUGAUUUAUUAAAGAAUGACAUGAGCCCGCAGAUCAAAGUAGGCCUUGCAAUAGUAGUUAUUGAAGGCGAGGAUGUUAAAACUGCGUCCAUUCAGAAGACAAGUUUUGUAAAGUAUCUCCAUUUUUUGUGCAUUGGUGUUCUUUAUAUUUGGAUUGGAUUUGGACUUUUAAGUUUCUCCCUUUCUCUCUCGUUUAGGGAUACGCCUGAAAAUGUAUAUAGCCUACGGUUGUCUCCGGUUUAUUUAUCCACGGAUUGGACUUGUACGUUGAGGUCUGAGUCGCACUUUGGAAUUAUAUUUAUGAUUUUAGAAUCGUGUAGCUCCGUUCGAGUGUUUUAAUUGCUUUUAUAAUUUAAGCAUGUACAUGUUUGAAAACACUGAUCGUUGGUUGAAGCCUUGUAAUAAAGUCAUUAUGGUUUUGACCUUACUGGACUUGAUCGUUAUACGGAGAAAUGGUUAAGCUGUUUCUAUGG